ACCGCUCGGCCCUGUGCUCGGAUCCAGGAAUAGACCUUCUCAUUGAGUUUAAUCGCCUUACACCAGCCUCUGCUGUGCGUAAUAAGCUCACACACAUUAUCACGAGUUCAGGUUUGCAGUGAAACUCAACCAUCAGUUACUACAAUUUAGUUGGUGCAAAUGAAUGUGGUGUAUUUGAUAAAUGUGUGUUUUUUUUAUUUCUAUGAAUGCUAGUGUGGCCCAUAACUCCUCUUUCAUAUGGAUUGGUGCUCACUCCGUGUGAUGACGUCACAGAAGGUCAGGGUGAUUUAGUCUGAGGUCAUCUGAUGUCUCAGACUCGCCUGCCGCUGAUGCACCCAGGAGGCGCCGUUUCUUUACAACUGACGUCAGUAAACCCUGGUGAAAAUGUACCCAACUACCAUAACACAGCUGGCACGGUCGAACCCUUUCCAGGCUCCUCUUUUCUCCAUUAAACCAGAUCAGCAACAAGAGAGCCUGCAGAUAAAGCGCAAACUUGCUGCAGCAGCUUAUGAUGAUGCAGAUGUGAGCUGUGAAUAUGGGUCAAAUAAAUAUUACGCCUUCUGCGGCUUCGGUGGGGUUUUGAGUUGUGGUCUCACACACACAGCAGUCGUGCCCCUCGACCUCAUUAAAUGCCGCAUACAGGUGGACCCGGUUAAGUACAAGUCCAUCUUCAAUGGUUUCUCAGUGACCCUGAGAGAGGAUGGCUUUAGGGGUCUGGGCAAAGGGUGGGCUCCUACAUUCAUUGGUUACUCCAUGCAAGGGCUUUGCAAGUUUGGUUUCUAUGAAGUCUUUAAGGUGCUGUACAAUGACAUGCUUGGAGAGGAGAAUGCUUAUUUGUGGAGGACAUCAGUGUAUCUGGCCGCAUCUGCCAGCGCUGAAUUUUUCGCAGAUAUUGCACUGGCUCCUAUGGAAGCAUGCAAAGUGCGCAUCCAGACGCAGCCCGGCUACGCUAACACCCUCAGAGAGUGCGCCCCCAAAAUGCAUGAUGAGGAGGGGCUAAAAGCGUUCUAUAAAGGUGUUUAUCCCUUGUGGCUGAGGCAGAUCCCAUACACCAUGAUGAAGUUUGCCUGUUUCGAGCGAACCGUGGAGAUGCUGUACAAGUACAUAGUACCGAAACCACGCAGUGAGUGCUCCAAACCUGAGCAGCUGGUGGUGACCUUUGUUGCUGGUUAUAUUGCUGGCGUGUUCUGUGCUGUGGUGUCCCAUCCCGCUGACUCUGUGGUGUCUGUACUGAACAAAGAGAAAGGCAGUUCAGCUGUAGAGGUGCUGAAAAGGCUGGGACCCGCAGGUGUGUGGAAGGGUCUUUUUGCUCGAAUCAUUAUGAUUGGCACACUGACCGCUCUCCAGUGGUUCAUCUACGACUCCGUGAAGGUGUACUUCCGUCUGCCCCGUCCACCGCCCCCUGAGAUGCCCGAGUCCCUUAAGAGGAAGAUGGGUCUCCUGGACUACUAGACUCCUUUCUUAUCAACAGUAUCCUGAAUAACUAAAUAAAGGCAAAGAUUUUUCCACAUUCACCACUUAACCAAUAAACUCCACAGUCUCUUGGGUGUUUAUCAUUGAAGAAAGCACUAUUGAAGGAUCACUACAUGCUCCCAGUGUCACUAAUGAAUAUUAGAGUAAAAUCAAUCACACACUAAACAUCUGUUGACUUUGAAGUUUUGUCAAACUAUUUUGCUCUCAAUAUGUAACUAAACUAACUAAAUCCACAAAGACUAUUGUAUGUAUCAUCUAGAAAUAGAAUUGUUGAAAUGUAAGUGUUUUGUCAUUAUGUGUAGAAUUAUAAAAAAAUGUCUGAAAUUAUGGAAUGUUAUAUGCACAUAUUUUAUAUAUGGUUUAAAUAUAUAGGCUUAUUUUUA